ACGGGCCUGUCAUUUAAAGAGAUUUUAUUCAAGGCAAAAAUACAGAGAGGAAUAGAGAAAGACGGUCGAUAGAUCAUGUGUGGCGCCCCAGCGGUUCAACUUACUAUGGGGUAGAUGAGUGUAUUGAACUGUGCAUGGAGAUCGAUAUUCCAAUUUUGUUUGUUCGUGUGUGUUUUGUGUUGUUGUUUUUUUUUUGUUUGUUGGUUUGUAUUUUUGUUGGUGUGUUUUUUUUUCGUUUUUUUUUUGUCUGUGUUUGUUUGUGUGUGUGUGUGAGUCAGAGAGAGAGACAGAGACACGCUAUUCAUCUUUGAUUUCUAGAUAAGUUUAAGGAUUUAAAUAAACUGUUAAUUCUGUGCAUGGUGAACGAAUGAAUGGAAAUUUCAGGGUCUAUUAGUUGUUGAACGGAUGUGUCAUUCAAGAGUUAUCUUUCUCUGCAGUGCACUCAUGAAAACAAAACACACAAUGUAAAAUACAUCUCAAAUCUAUGUAAGGUAAACUAAAUAUAAUAAUUAUGCAUCAUUUGAUAACACUCCAAAAAUAUUGAUCUUAAAGUAGAGGGAACAAAAUAUAUGCUAAGGAAAUCUAAAAUAAUGCUAAACUAUGUGUGAUAGAUUUAUCUGAGUUCUACGUAGAAAAGGGGGCAAGAAUGAGUGGCGACUUAAGUUCUAAAUCCAGCCUCAGAAUAUCCAGUCAAAUACUGCUGGAUAGCCUAAAAGCUUUCAAAACGCCCAAAGGUCAGAGUUCAAAUGUAUUACCGCCCCAGCCAGAUAUGUCGUGCACGAACAAUCCAUCAAUACCAGCACAGAGGGUAGUCAAACUCUUUGAAGAGGCCAGUCGCAAGGCGAGUGUGGCCGUUCUGCUUGAGUACAUCAUUGACAACCUGGACAGGUUUGCGGUGUCCCUGGGAACGGAGCUGACGCAACUGCUGCAGCAGCACAAAAGGAUUCUUUACAGGUACAAAAACGAGGCAAGGACUGUGAACGACUUUAUGGACUCCCAGGAGUUAUGCUUCAUGGCAGAUCAGCUGCAGGAAGGGCAGUCAGCGACCGACGCCAGUAAAAAAAUCUCGUUUUCUUUCUUCGACGAAUUCGACGAAUUCGAUUUGGGUGAGGGUGAAGGAGAAGAAAUGGACUACCACUUGCCAACGGCGUCGCCGCGGAAAGUGCGCGAAUUCCCAAGCAGUUCUACCGUCACUUGUCGUCUGCCAGUGCUCAGAGAGCAAAUUCUCAAAACACGGUCUGGAACAUCCAUCACGCCUCUGUCCGGUAAACCAAGCGGGUAUUCGGCAGGGAAAGAUAACGCUAAUUCUACGACAGUGUUUGCCGAACCAGAAGACGAUGGCCAAUCAGAGGCAGCGGCUGAAAGCAAUGAUUACCGAAAAGACUUUAAUCAGUCUGCUCGACCAAUGUUUAUGUCUCAAUCCGAAUCCUUCAAAAUUACCCGAAAUUCCUCGCUCGAUGUUAUUGAGUCAGCUGCCAAAUUGUUGGUUGAGAAUGAAGACAAGAAGAAAAAGAAGCUUCUCAUUUUGCCCUUUAAGCUGAACACGAAACUUUUUGAGGCUAUGCAGAAAGAGACGAUCUUUCAAGACGCCGUGAGAAAGAUGUGCAACAUAAUUGGCCAGCUGACAGAGUCGUCUCGAAUCAUCUUCAAGAAAUUCAUCAGCGACCCUUCCGCUUUGGAAUUGGUUCAAAAGUGCAUUCAGCAUGACACAAUUGAAGGAGAGUUCGUGAGCCUGAUGGAAGAGUUCAGGGAAGUGACCGAGUUCAGAAUGUUCACCACUCCGGAACAGCAGAAGGAGAGGCUCCAGUACAUGGAGGAUGCGUCACGGCGGGACAAAGUCAACAAGAAGAUACUGAACAGGCUGAACAGGGAACUACAGAAGAUGUGUAACAUCCAAGAAGAUAAAGAGUAUGUUAAGAAAAUCACUUUGCUGGAGCACCUUCAGAUGGACACCAUUCAAAUAGAGAAGUUUUCAGGGGAAGCAAUCAGGCGCCACCUGGCGGAAAGUGAGAAGCAGAAGAUGACCGAGGAAAAACAGCUGGACGAGAAGACGAUGGACCUGAGGCAGGAAAUAGUCGAACUUAUGGAAAUCACGGAGAGCACUGUUAUCAAGAACAAAGAAUUGGAAAAUGAACUACGCAGUGAGAAGUAUAAAAUGGAGAACGAAUUGGAUGCAUGCAUAAGAAAAUACGACGAGGAAAUGAUUCGUAAAAUGGAAAUGUACGAAUAUAUUGAAAUGAACUACAAGGAUGAGAAAGCUCAGCUUGCAGAACUGGAGGAAUAUUUCGCAGAUCUGGAGAAAGAGUACAUGUUUAUCAUGGAGGAGAGACGAGCCGCCAGGAACGCGGUGCAGAUUAUGAGGCGCACUUUCAGGGGCACCGCCACUGCCGUGAGGCUGAUCCAAGCCUUCUACAGGUCAUUUAAAGUCCGAAAAGCCAUCCAAGCAGAAGCCAAGCGGAGAGCCAAGGCGGCAAAGAGGAUGGCAGCCGCAGCCAAAAACAACUGAUAGAUUCAAGAAUGCGAUUGGUUAGGCAGACACCGUUCGUCCAAUGAAAAGACUACUACCACACAGGCUAUCUACAUCAGUAUUUAUUAGCUCAUCAAGAAAUAAACAAAUAAUGUAAGGAAUAUGGAUCAUCUUCCUAAAGCCUUAGCUUUUUUUUUUAAAUCGUAAAUAUUUCAAUUUGUAAUGAAAAGGAAUACGCUUUUCGUGCUGCCAACUAUGUAUAUUUAUUCAACAAAAUUAAAAUCAAAUGAAUACUUAAAA